AUGGUUAGAUCAUACGACCGUUUCGAGCAGGAGAAGUCCUUUGGAGUGAUAACAUCCAAUUCGAAUAUAGUAUAUUUGCCUCCCAACGAUGAUGACAAAUCUAAGUUGAUUGGAAAAGCUAUAACUUCAGCUCUCGAAGACAUUUUAAUCUGGGAUAUAAAGACUGGGGAUAUAGUUGCUCGGCUUAGUGAUGGGUUGACACCGGGAGCAUCAAAUGCCCCAGUGAAUCUGGCACCGGCCACGGUGACAUUCUUACUGCAUCAUAUGGAAACUAAUAUUCUUGCUGCAGGCUACAGCGAUGGCACAAUAAAGAUAUGGGAUAUAGCCUCUGCUUCAGUAGUGAUCUCAUUUCAAGGGCAUGUAUCUGCGAUAAGCAUUUUGAAGUUUGACAGAAGCGGAACGAGAUUGGUGUCUGGCUCUUCUGAUUCUAGCAUUAUAUUAUGGGAUUUAGUAGGCGAAGAAGGUUUAUUCAAGUUAAGCGGCCAUAAAGGACAAAUUACGGGCUUGAAUUUUCUUUCACAAGAUUCUGAAGUUUUGGAUAAAGAUGAGCUAGAGGAUUAUAUACUAAGUGUUUCGAAAGAUGGCUUGAUAAAGCUCUGGGAUUUAAGAACUCGUCAAUGUGUAGAGACUCAUCUAGCGCAUUCCAGCGAGUGCUGGUCAUUAGGAGUCAUGAAUACUCAAACAUUUGCUGUCACCAGUGGAAAUAAGGACCAAGUUAAGAUUUGGACGAUUGAUCUUUCCAAGCCAGAUACCCAAAAACUUGUUGAGAGAGGCUCCUUCGAAAAGCAAAGUAAAGCAAGAUGUAAUGACAUUGGCUUUAACAUCUUCAGGGACCUUGUUCUCUUUUAUAUUCAAAAUGCGGAUAGAACAAUAGAAGUAUAUAGGAUAAGGUCAGAAUCCGAAUUGAAAAAAGGAAUAGCUAGAAGAAGGAAAAGGCUCCAGGAAAAAGAUUACAGCGAAGAAGAGAUCAUUCAAGCAUUAAAGGACUCUGAAAUCAGUAUGAUGGUGACGUCUUUUACCACUAUCAGGUGUAACUCUAAAAUAAGAUCGUGCACUUGGAUUAAAUCCGGCAACAGAAAGAUAGAUAUCAUGGUCUCUCUUUCUAACAAUCAAAUUGAAUACUACACAUCCCAAAUACCAGAUAAUUUGGCAACUUCUGCAGUAUAUCUGAGUAAGCUGCUUUCAAUUGAUCUUCUUGGUCAUAGAACUGACAUAAGGUCAAUGGACAUUUCUUCUGACGAUCGUCUAUUGGUAACAUGUUCUAAUGGUGAAUUAAAAGUUUGGAACUUGAGGACCUUUAAGGUUAUAAGAAACAUAACUUUAGAUAGCGGAUACAGUUUGUGUUGUAAAUUCCUUCCUGGUGAUACAUUGGUUCUAGUGGGAUUUAAAAAUGGGUCUUUGGAAUUAUAUGACUUAGCGACAUCUCAAUUAGUUGAUCGAAUCGAAAAUGCGCAUCAAUUGAAUGGUACUGGUGAAGCAAUUUGGUCAUUAGAUGUAACUUCUGAUGGAACGAAGAUUUUGACUGGUGGAAAUGAUAAAUCUGUUAAGUUUUGGAAGUUACAAGCGGGAGAGGAACAUAUUCCUGGAUCUAAUUCUUCUGUACCUUCAUUGAAGCUUUCGCAUUUCCAAACUCUUGAGCUUAAUGAAGAUGUUUUAUGUAUCAAAGUUUCUCCUGAUUCAAGGCUUUUGGCAAUCUCUUUGUUAAACAAUAAUGUUCAAGUGGUAUUUCUAGAUUCGUUAAAGUUGUUUUUGACUUUAUAUGGUCACAAAUUGCCAGUGCUUUCUAUUGAUAUAUCUUCCGACUCUAAAUUAAUCAUUACUUCGUCAGCUGAUAAAAAUAUAAAGAUUUGGGGUUUGGAUUUUGGAGAUUGUCAUAAAUCAAUCUUUGGUCAUCAAGAUUCAAUUAUGAAUGUCAAGUUUAUACCUCUGAGCCAUAAUUUCUUUUCUUCAGGAAAAGACGGAUUAAUUAAAUAUUGGGAUGGAGAUAAAUUUGAAUGCAUUCAAAAGUUGCCUGCUCAUCAAGCCGAGGUUUGGUGUCUUAGCAUCAAUAGUGACGGGUCAUUUUUUGUAUCUACCUCUCAUGAUCAUUCGAUUCGAUUGUGGCAAGCAACAAAUGAUCAGGUAUUCUUGGAAGAAGAAAGAGAAAAAGAAAUGGAAGAAGUCUACGAGGAUACUUUAUUGGAAUCACUUGAAGAACAGAAACACAAAGAAACGGACGAUGAGACAGACGAAGCUACAAAAGUUUCAAAGCAAGCAACUGAAACCCUUAAGGCAGGUGAGAGACUUAUGGAGGCUUUAGAUAUUGGAGCUGAAGAUUUGGAUUCCAUCGCUGAGUACGAGAAUGCUCUUAGUCAGUACAAGAGUAAGAAAACCUCAGCACCACCGUCAAAGCCUACCCCAAAUUCACUACUUCUUGCAUUGGGAGUGCUGGGCCAAGAAUACGUUCUUUCAGUGAUAUCAAAGAUAAAGCCUUCACAGCUAGAUGAUGCCUUACUUGUAUUGCCGUUUUCUUAUGUCCUAAAGUUACUAAGGUUUAUCGAAAUUUGGACGUCUAAAGAAAAAGCCGCUAGCAAUGUCAUCAGUAUGUCUUUGAUUUGCAGAGUACUCUUCUUUAUUAUCAGAACGAAUGCAAGAGAACUUGCAAGUCAGAAUGAUCCGCAUCUUAAAACACAAUUUAUAAAUUUAAAAAACCAGCUCGCCAAAGAACUAUCCGGAAGCUUAAAUCAAUUAGGUUUCAAUACCGAAGGUUUAAAGUUCAUCAAACAACAAUGGAAGCUCACCCACGAGUCAGAGUUCAUUGAUGAUACCGAGCAAAGAGAAUAUGAGGAAAAGAAAGCUGUGAAGAGAAGCUUCACCACUAUUUAA